AUGGUCAGACCAUUCAAUACAUUGGAAAAUAUCAAAGAAAAUGGCGGAGUUACUCUUCAUACAAAUGGGAUUGAUACCUCUGUCCUCCCAUUUGACGCCUGGGAACGUGUUAUAGCACUCGGGAAAGCACUACAGACUAAUAUUCUGCUGGUUUUGGACGACAUUGCAAAUAAUUAUCACGUCGUCGAUAAGAUCCACGAAUUCAAGUCCACUAUGACCGCCAUCAUGGUCAAGGCCAGUGGCCUUCGUGAAGAUCUGAGCAAAGCCGCGGAGGCCCAUGGGAUUACUCUAGAGGCUUUGUCCGACGAGCUGGCUGCGCUCUUUGCUAAGGUGCUUGAUGAGCUCCAGGUGGAGUUCCCUGCACCAGAUGAAGCACCGAGCCACGAAUUACGCAAAGAGAUGGUCUCGCGGGUAUUGGAUCGGGUUGAAGAGGAAAUUGUUCAUAUAGGAGUCAAGUAUGGCGUCUCAGAGACUAACCUGAGGGCACACAUUGAUGGUAUCAAGUCACCCAUCGAGAAGCUAACAAUACUCACCGGAGACUUGAUAGAAGAGCACCCUGUGCUCUUUGAUGUACUGGUAGUCACCGCAAGCAUAAUGCUUAUACCCGAGGGUUUUAUUUUGCGUCCCCUUUUGAGUCUUUUUGGUUUCGGGCCAUACGGGCCAGUGAAAGGUAGAUCAGCUGCAGCAUGGUGCCAGCGUCGUUUCUUUGGUGCAGUUGUGACCAAGGGCAGCUGGUUCUCACUCUUGCAACGUGCUGGAAUGAGGUUUGUUACCUCUUGGUGGGAAAAGCUGGUAGUGGGGAUUGGCGCUGCGCUCGUCGCUAUUGGAGUGAAACGCGCCUGAUGAGAGUACUUCUUUUACGAUCGCAAUACGAUAUUACCUGUGUUAUGCCCCUGAGUAGGUGCCAUACUGCUCUCGAAAUAUUUAAUAUACUACCAGUUCACGU